AACCCGGAGAUCCUUUAGACGGGCAUCGUGCCAGUUGAAGUAGGAAAGUGUUUGAUUGAGACGCGGUUUUUUAUCUCCAUAAAUAUCCGUAACUCUCAGUCCAUUAUGAAUAUCCCAUUUCCUGUAAUAUAUCCCCGAAUGAUCGAUUUGUUCAAUUUAGACCGGCCCUGCGACGACGAUGCUGAGUUAACAAAGCUUGAGAAGGAGAACGAGGAAUGGUUUAACGCUAUCGCCAAAAAAUAUAUGAGACAUGCUCCUUUUAUUAAAAAGCCAACCAUCAACCAACCAGUUAACCCUGAGCAAACGGAAGAGACUGGUUCGGAUGACGAUGUUUUUAUUGUCACGACCAACGAGGACAUCGACGAGUCUACUUCGCAAGAUGUGGACGAUGAAUCGCAUGAUCUUGACGAGGUUACUACCACCGAGUCUGCAGAGAUGAAUAAUGACGAUGUAUUGGAUAGCCGUGAAGAUCUCGCCGUCAGAGUGGAACCGGUGGCCCAAGUGGAACCUGCAUGGCCAUACGAAAGUGAUCAUGAGUAUUGAGUAACUCACUAUGAGUUAAUUAGCUCUCUUUAGGCUGCAGUAGUGUUCUUUAAAACCUAUUUCUUCCCCUAGUCCUGAUGUUUCCUAUGUAAAACCCCUUAGAUUAUUUAGAUAGGUAGUUAACUAUGAGAUUUAAACCUACUAUUUUUCAUCACAAUUAAUCAUGUUAUAAUUAUUACUUUUCAUUAUUAUUUCAUCCAACGUAUUUCAUGUUUAACAUACAAACAUUAUUAUUAAUAUAAAAUUGUAUGCAGCUGACCUAUCCGUCUUUCGCUUUUUAUCCCUAAAUUCCCAUGGGAACCGGUAUUGACACCAGACAGCCAAAGCGAAGCGUGGACAGGUAAGCUAGUAUAAUUAACUAAUUUAAUUUAAGAAUUGGAAGACUUCGAAUUAAGAACGCUAUCAUAAACCUAUCAUCUUUUUGUGCCAUUAUUAUUCUAAAACAUAUUCAAAGCCUGUAUACAGUAAAAGUCGUAAAGUUACCUACCUACCUAAUAAAAUGAUGCAGCUACUAUAAAUUGUUUUUCUUGUGCAAUAAUACCUUUAUUAGCAGCCUACACGGUGACGCGGACGAUGCAUAACACUCUGAUUACUCUGUAUGGAACAUAGGUAUGAAGAAAAAUGUUUAUAAAGAUUAUUGGUUUAAAAUACUUGCUCAUCAUAUUAUAGUCACAGCUCCACUGAUGUUACAAGUAACGUGUCACCGUGUUAAGUGUCUAGCUUCGCUUUGUAAAACGUAAACUGCAACUUGCACUAUGUACGAAGAAGAGAUGAAUGGAUUAAUUGUUACACCCGCUGCUUGCUCUAAUAAUGAUGGCGCCCACAAAGCUCGAAAAUUUCAUCGGAGUACACGGAACACAGGCAUUCGUAAAAUCGUUCAAAACAGCAUUUUUGAUCGAUUUUACGAAUUACGACGAAUUUUACGAUUAUACUGUUCGACGAAUUUAAUUAGAAGUAAUUCUCGAUAUUUUAUCUGAGUAACAAUUUCAACUACCUAAU